AUGACCGUUUCCCAGAUUACCAAAUUCGGCGGUGAUCCAGCCAAAGUCACGAUCUGGGGUGAAAGUGCGGGUGCUGGCUCCGUGCUGCAGCACGUCAUUGCGAACGGUGGCCGAACCAAGCCUCAACUAUUCCGAGGUGCUAUUACGAGUUCCACGUUCCUGCCGUCCCAAUACAGAUACGACGAUCCGAUCUCUGAGUCUCUCUUCAGCCAAGUGGUGGCUCAAACAAACUGCACUGCUGCCGCGGACGCCCUCUCCUGUCUUCGCACCACCGAUGCUACAGUGCUGCAAACAGCCAACACCAACAUCAACGCUGCCGGUUUCUUCGGCACGUUCACGACCGUUCCCGUCAUCGACGGGGAGUUUAUCGUCGAGGCACCUAUUGACACACUGCGCAAACGGAGAGUGAACGGGAAAGCGCUUCUGGCAGUCACGAACGAGUUUGAGGGUACAAUCUUUGUGAACACCACGAUUGCUAUGCCCAAUGUCACUGCAUACACACUCGAGCUGUUCCCAAAGGUCGACCUGGAAGAAGCGAAGACCGUUGCCUCGAUCUAUGCUGGAUUGGGGACGGACACAUUCCAAGUUGAAGCGAUCAUGGGAGAAUCGAUAUUCAUUUGCCCAACAUAUUAUCUCUUGGAUGCAUUCCCGAAGGAUCAUUCAUUCAAGGGCGAAUUUGCAAUCCCCCCUGCAAAUCACGGCGACGACCUCAACUACUACUUCCCCUCCAGUAACCCCCCGCCGUUCCAAAACACCGACUUCAUCAACGCGUUCGCCCAGUCCUUCACGUUCUUCAUCGUCAACCUCGAUCCGAACAAGAAGAUCAACGCGAGCACUAUCACGCCCAGCUGGAGCAGCUACAGCGUGGGCCGUGCGGAGAUGCUGUUCAAUAGAACUGCCGCCGGGGACCCUGUUGUUCAUACCAUCGUGACGGACCCUGCGCUCGUCGCGCGGUGCAGGUGUGUUCCAGCCCGUUUGAUUGUAAUCCAGAUCACAAGCGAAAACCACCUGACUCGAAGUCCGAUUCCGAGUGGCGACUUGCGACAGAGAUUCGGAAGCCCGCCUUCCGAUGAACUUCCCCCUGCUGCCAUUUGCUUCACAUCGUUCAUUCCUUCGCUCUUCGCCCUCGACACCGCCUCGUUCCCGAUGUUCAACAAAAGCGCCCUCCUCCUCGCCGUCUCGCUGGCCCUCUCGAUCUGCGCUGUCCCGUCCCCGGCGCCGGAGGGAGUCGCGGUCCCCAUCCGGGCCCGCAGCGCGCUGACGACUGCCGAUGGCGUGUUCGACCAUGACGGUGCCAUCGCGGAGACCGUGAAGACGAUCAACAAGCACCGCCAGAACCUGAUCAACUUGAAGAAGAACAAGGGCGAAGCGUUCUUCAACCCGGGUGCCGAGAUCAAAAACAUCGCCACCGUCCCUCCCGCCGUGCAGGCCCGGAUGGAGAGCCGCCACGAGAAGCGUCAGAGCUUGGGGCUCACCGACCAAUCGGAAGAAGAGUGGACCGGUAGCGUGUCGAUCGGCACGCCCGCGACGCGUUUCGUCAUCGACUUUGACACUGGGUCUUCCGACCUCUGGGUGCCCUCGUCUUCUUGCCGCUCCAGCUGCUCGGGGAAAACCAAGUACAACCCCAACCAGUCGUCGACCUCUACUCGCGAGUCCGGAUCGUUCUCCAUUCAGUACGCCGACGGAUCGACUGUCUCUGGGCCCAUCUACACGGACACGGUCUCCGUUGCGGGUGUGUCUGUCACCCAGCAGUACCUCUCGGGUGUCACGACCCUGUCUUCGUCGUUCACCAGCGGCCCCGCUGACGGCCUGCUCGGUCUCGCAUUCCCGGCCAUCUCCAACCUCGGCCAGGACCCGUACUUCCAGACGGCCAUCAACGAGGGUGCCGUCUCCGCCAACCAGUUCGGGUUCUACCUCGCGAGCUCCGGCUCGUCGCUGUACAUCGGUGGAACCGACACCCGCAAGUACUCCGGCUCGAUCGAGUUCAACGGGAUCACGUCGUCGUCCGGGUUCUGGCAGGUCACCGGCGCGUCCGUCAACGUUGGCGGCAGCACCGUUGCCUCGAAUCUCGAGACCAUUGUCGACUCGGGAACGACGAUCAUGUACGGCCCGCCUGCGCUCGUGAGGGAGAUCUUCGCCCAGGUUCCGGGCGCACAGUUGUACGAUUCCGCCAACGGCUACUACUCGUACCCGUGCUCGAACCCGCCUCAGAUCUCGUUCAACUACGGCGGCAACGACUGGACCAUCUCCGCGGCGAACCUGAACCUCGGCCGCACCUCAUCGGGUUCGCGCUCGUGUGUGUCUUCGCUGGCGGCGCAGGACCUCGGAUUGGGAUCCCGUGUGUUCCUGCUCGGUGAUGCGUUCAUGAAGAACCAGUACACUGUGUUCGACGUCGACCAGAACGCUGUCGGUUUCGCCACUCUUUAGAUCCUUAGAUGAUCGCAGUAGCUCAAAACAAUCAAUGCAAACCGCUCUUUCACUGCUUAAAA